UAGGAAUGCAAGACAUAUUCAAUUUGUAGAAAAUUGCUGGAGAAAAUGAAUACAUUACAUGGAAAGAUGGAAACCUUUAAAAUGUGUCGACGUAACGGCCUGUGCAGUUUAAAGUAGAGCUUGUAUGCUAGCCUCACUCACUGGGAUCUCCCAUUGCUACAUGUCGCCUACAAGAAGGGGCAGUCAUCAUUGCACGUCCGUCUGAAACAUUAAUAAGGCAGAGACACUGAAUGCCCUCAGUGACACAGAAGGGGAACAUAAAAGUCAGUCAAGAGGGGCAAGCAUACUGGACUUGGCAAAACCAAACCAGGAGCAUCUGAAGAAGAGAACUCGCCUGAAGCAUCACUGAAAAACACCUCUCCAUUUUACCUUACCUCUUACAAUAUAGACAGAGAAGGAGCCAGACCUGGUCAAUGUGACCUUGCACACUGUCUUCAGUGGUCCUGUGAAAACAUGAAAGGGAGAGGGCACUGUUUGCUCGCAGGAUUGACCGUUAACUACAGCCACCAUUAAUUGCUCUCCAUGUACUGCAAGCAAGUCUGUUCUAUACCCAAAGACAGUGACCUAGUGCAUCCCUCCCUGCACGAGUGCUAAUCUCUGUUCUCACAGCAAAAGGAGAUAUUUUAAGUCCUUUCUUAUUUAUUUAUUUAUUCAUUUAUUUAACUAUUUAUUAUUAUUUUAUUAUUCAAAUUACUGUUUCAUCUGCUGAAAUUAUGGGGGCGACAGGUUAUGGAUACUACCGAGUCAGCAUUUUCUUGGCAAUGUUUGUGGGUUACACCCUCUACUACUUCAACAGAAAGACUUUCUCCUUUGUGAUGCCUUCUGUGAUGGAAGAGGUAGAACUGGACAAGGAGGAUCUGGGCCUUAUCACCAGCAGCCAGACUCUGGCCUAUGCGAUCAGCAAGUUCAUCAGCGGGGUACUGUCUGACCAGAUCAGCGCUCGCUGGCUGUUCUCCAUAGGCCUCUUCACUGUUGGAGCCAUUAACGUGGUCUUCUCCUGGUCCUCUUCAGUCACCAUUUUUGCAGCAUUGUGGUUUGUCAACGGGCUGGGCCAGGGGUUUGGCUGGCCCCCAUGUGGGAAGGUGCUACGCAAGUGGUACGAGCCAUCACAGUUCGGGACGUGGUGGGCUGUGCUGUCCUGCAGCAUGAACCUGGCAGGAGGCCUGGGCCCCAUCGUCGCCACGGUGAUGGCCCAGACCUACAGCUGGAGGUCCAUCCUGUCCUUCUCAGGCCUGACGUGCAUGGUUACCGCUGCCCUCUGCCUGCUGCUCAUCAAGAACGAGCCCAGCGACGUGGGCCUGCCCAACAUCGAACCCGCUGCCAAGAAAGGCAAAGGCGCCUCCACGGGGGAGAGCACCCUUAGAGACUUCCUCCUGUCCCCGUACCUGUGGGUGCUCUCCAUGGGCUUCCUGAUGGUGUUCGGUGUGAAGACGGCCUGCACAGACUGGGGACAGCUCUUCCUCAUCCAGGAGAAGGGACAGUCGGCCCUUAUGGGCAGCUCCUACAUGAGUGCCCUGGAGGUGGGAGGAUUGGUAGGCAGCAUUGCAGCGGGGUACCUGUCCGACAAGGCAGUCGCCCGGCAAGGCCUGCGUAGCCAUGGUAACCCACGCCAUGGCCUCUUGAUCUCCAUGAUGGCUGGGAUGUAUGUGUCCAUGUAUCUCUUCCGGGUUACCGUUAAUCCAGAUAUCAAGGAAGUCCCCAUCUGGAUGAAGGCACUGCACCCUUUCUCUGUACUCACUGGUUUGUCGGAACAAGAGAUCUGGAUUCUCUCUUUGGGGGCCCUUUUUGGUUUCUCUUCUUGUGGACCAAUUGCAUUGAUCGGAGUGAUAGCCAGUGAGAGUGCUCCUUCAAACUACUGUGGGACAUCACAUGCCAUCGUUGCUCUGAUGGCAAAUGUUGGAGGUUUCCUUGCUGGGCUUCCAUUCAGCACCAUUGCCAAGCACUACAACUGGGACAUGGCCUUCUGGGUAGCAGAGGUGAUCUGCGCUGUAACGACGGUGUGCUUCUUCCUGCUCCGUAACAUCCGCACCAAAAUGGGCCCCGUGCCCAAGAAAGUUGACUGAUCGCCACGCCUCAGCCAAUAAGGGGAGUCCUGCACCAGCAACACCUGCACUGUCACAGGCAAUCUACUGCAAAGAUGUCCCUCCUCUUAAGUGAUCAAUUUUGAACGAUAGAAUGAGAUUUCUGGAAUCACAACGUGAAAUAAAUAGGUCCGACACAUUAUGUCUCUCACAAUGUUUUACAUUAUGUCUCCCACAAAACCAAUAGAGACACAUUAACAUUGAUGAGGUUUUGCAGUGUGCUGAACUUCUUCAUUGUUCUACAGUUACCCUCCCAGCACCCUAAAAAAGUAUGUCAAAUGUGUAAUUUUUUAUUCUACAAACACAACAC